CCAGGCAGCCACAGCCUUGGUGAGGAGGCGGCAGCAUAGCCCUGCCAGCUCGAUCCCUCUCUUCCUGGAGCUCAUUGAAAAAAGGGAGAGGGAGCCAGCGGAGAGAGGCAGAGCUGCCACCAGCCGGCUUGGAUCUGGGAGCCUUCAGGAGCUGACUCUGAACAGAUUUCCUGCAGGAUCCCUGGCAGUGUGGAGACUGGCAGGAAGAGGGAGAAGCUGCAGAGAGCAUCCUAGGAUGAAGGGGGGCUGGAGGAAAGCGGGGAGGGUUUUGAGGAGCAGCUGGCAGGCACUGCACUGCAAGGGAGUUGCUGUCUGCUGAAGGUGCCAUUAUUUGCAGUCCCUUGUGCUCAGAUAAAAGGAGUCAGCCCCAACACUCUUGAAGUAGCCCCCCCCCCCCCCCGGGGGGGAGCUUUUUCUUGUCAUUGUUCCUCUUUCUCCUUGCACAGGCUAUUUGCUGACCUUUGCAAAGGAUUCUCAACCCCAACCCCCAGUUCCAGCUGAAAAGACAGUUAAAAAAGAGAGAGAGAAAAGAAGAGAGAGAGGGGAAAAAAAAAAAAACUCUGCUGUUUGAAUGGGAGGUGCAGCUUGCUGGUGACUGCCUUUGGUUUUUGCUUUUGACAUUUCUGAAUGUCUGCAGAAACUUUUAAAAUAAUCCCUUAAGAACUCCCUGUAUCCGGCAAGAAAAGAAGGAAGUUUUGGGAACAAGGAAGUCAAUGAGGUGAUCCUCGACCUGGAUGAUUAAAACCUCCAAGUUCUAGGAAUCAGGACUUCAAAUCUAACAGAUGAACAUGAGAAGCAGUGGCUGGGGGGUAUCUUGCAGAGGCAGUUAAGGAAACUUUUGAAACCAUUGAGAACUCUGGGUCUGUAUGAUGCCUGAAGAUAGAAAUUCUGGGGGGCGUCCCUCAGGUGUGUUAGUGUCAGCCCCUUUCAUUCCUAAAACGACCUACAGAAGGAUCAAGCGGUGCUUUAGUUUUCGGAAAGGCAUCUUUGGACAGAAGCUUGAAGAUACUGUCCGUUAUGAGAAGAGAUACGGAAACCGCCUGGCUCCAAUGCUGGUGGAGCAGUGUGUGGACUUCAUCCGACAAAGGGGGCUGAAAGAAGAGGGCCUCUUCCGGCUGCCAGGCCAGGCCAACCUUGUCAAGGAGCUCCAGGAUGCCUUUGACUGUGGAGAGAAGCCAUCGUUUGACAGCAACACAGACGUGCACACGGUGGCAUCGCUCCUUAAGCUGUAUCUCCGAGAGCUUCCAGAGCCAGUUAUUCCUUACGCCAAGUAUGAAGAUUUCUUGUCAUGUGCCAAACUACUCAGCAGGGAUGAGGAAGCAGGUGUUAAGGAGUUAGCAAAGCAAGUGAAGAGUUUGCCUGUGGUCAACUACAACCUCCUCAAGUAUAUUUGCAGGUUCUUGGAUGAAGUGCAGUCCUAUUCUGGAGUUAACAAGAUGAGCGUUCAGAACUUGGCCACUGUCUUUGGCCCCAACAUCUUGCGUCCCAAAGUAGAAGAUCCUUUGACUAUCAUGGAAGGCACUGUGGUGGUCCAGCAGCUGAUGUCCAUGAUGAUCAGCAAACACGAUUGCCUCUUCCCCAAAGAGGCUGACCUCCAGGGCAAGCCCCAAGAUGGCAGCAUGAGCAACAACAACAAUGAAAUGCAGAAGAGAGGACCCCCAGGUCAGCUGCAGAACAAGGAGAACAACAACACCAAGGAGAGCCCUGGCCGCCAAUGCUCUUGGGACAAAGCUGAGUCUCCCCAGAGAAGCAGCCUGGACAACGGCUCCCCCACAGCUCUCUGUGGCAGCAAAGCCAACAGCCCUAGAAACAGUGUCCACAAGCUGGAGGUCUCUAGAAGCCCCCCUCUCACAGUCAAGAAAAACCCUGCCUUCAACAAGGGCAGCGGGAUAGUCACCAACGGCUCCUUCAGCAGCAGCAAUGCCUCCGAGGGACUGGAGAAAGCCCAGACCACUCCCAAUGGGAGCUUGCAGGCCAGGAGGACCUCUUCCCUCAAGGGCUCAGGGACCAAAAUGGGCACUCACAGCGUGCAGAAUGGGACGGUGCGCCUGGGCAGCUCCAACACUGAUGCCCUGGGCAGCACUGUGAGUGGCCGCAGCAUGAGCUGGUUGCCCAAUGGCUACGUGACCCUGAGGGAUGGCAGGCCAAGGGAGCAGGUGGGUGAGGGGGGCCAGCCCCACAGGCUGUCCACCUACGACAACGUGCAGCAGCAGUUCUCCCCGAGUAGCCUGGAGGACAAGCAGAGCGUGGACAGCGCCACCUGGUCCACCUCCUCCUGCGAGAUCUCCCUCCCCGACAACUCCAACUCCUGCCGCUCCUCCACCACCACCUGCCCGGAGCAAGACUUUUAUGGGGGGACCUUUGAGGACCCAGUUUUGGAUGGGCCCGCCCCUGAUGACUCCCUCUCCCAGCCAGGGGACUAUGAGAACAAGAGCGACCGGCGGAGCGUGGGAGGCCGGAGCAGCCGGGCCACCAGCAGCAGCGACAACAGUGAGACAUUCGUGGGUACCAGCACCAGCACCCACAGUGCCCUGCACAGCCUGGUCUCCAGCCUGAAGCAGGAAAUGACCAAACAGAAGAUAGAGUACGAGUCCAGGAUCAAAUGCUUAGAACAACGAAACUUGACUUUGGAGACAGAAAUGAUGAGCCUCCACGAUGAACUGGAUCAAGAACGGAAGAAGUUCACGAUGAUAGAGAUCAAAAUGCGGAACGCUGAGCGGGCGAAGGAGGACGCGGAGAAGAGGAAUGACAUGCUGCAGAAAGAAAUGGAACAGUUCUUUUCCACAUUUGGGGAUCUGACUGUGGAGCCCCGGAGAACCGAGAGAGGCAAUACCAUAUGGAUCCAGUGAGCCUGCUCGCUCCUAGCUCUCUCGGCUGAAUCUAGGAAGGACUGGGGUCCCAGGGGGGUGGGGGGGUGUGGUGUGGGAUCAGGAGGCUGGUCCCCUGACUGGCUGUGCAGUAGUCUGACUGGGAAAGGAGUGUCAUUUGUCCAUCCUUAUCUGCCAUGUGUACCAAAGUUCUCUCAUGCCUCACCAUGCUACUGUCAAGUGUUACAACUGGAUGUGUAUAUAGAGUAGUUUUUCAAGAGUCAACUCAAGAUGAGAAGUAUCGCUUGGGAAUUAUUUUAUUGCAAGUCCUGUAUUUAAAAUGUCAAAUCGAUAUGGUGUCACAGUCUAGCUUGCUUUCAAGCUUCACCCCCCCCCGCCCCACCCCUAGCACUGAACAUAAGCUAUUUUUGGCAUUGUGUUAUCACUUUAUUUUAUAGAUCAAUAUUUUUAUUUCCCCUUUUGUUGAGGAAAUGAAGAUAAGCAGAUAUAAAGUAUAUAUAUAUAUAUAUAUGAGUUAUUAAAAUCAAGAGACGUCUAUGUGGCUGUGCUGUUUGUAUUGAUAGACCUAGCUGUAUCUGAAAUGGGAAAUAGAAUCAAUUUUAUAAACUAUAUUAGAAACAC